AUGAAACCAACGGAAAUUAAUGUUGGAGAAAUUAUGGAGGCAAGAGCUAAAUAUAUUCCAUUACGUUUAAAGAUGGAAGAGAGAAAAUAUUUAAGAUUGUUAGAAGCAGCUUUAAAUGUUACAGACUACACAGAAAAAAUUGAUGCUACAUCAAGUACUGGAAAGGCUAAAAGAGUUGUUAAUCAAAUCAAAGAAUUAUGUGCGAUUUUGACAGGUAUUAUUUUGGGAUGUGAUUACAAGCGUGGUCAAGAAUUAUUUGCAGAUAGAAGUUUUGAAGAGAAUGAAGAAUUCUUUCAGACUAUAUUCGAAAUUGGACGUCGAUAUAAGAUUAUGAAUCCAGAAAAAAUGAGAAGCGCAUAUGGUAAAUUGAUGUAUCUUUUAGCUGAUUCAAUGAUUCCAGAAGUAAAAGAGAUGCUUGGAUUUGAUUGUGUUGUUCCAAUUAAAACUGUAUAUAGUUUUUUGAAAGAAAGACACGGAUUGAAUGUUUUACAUGAAGAUAUUGUUUUACUUGCAACCAUGGAAAUUAUACCUGAUGGAAAAAGUCGAACACAAAUUCAAGCUGAAAUCAAACGUAAGGAAAGAAGUAUUGAGCAAUUAAGUAGGAAAUAUCAAUCAAAAUAUCUUUCUGCUGAUGACAUUCGCCAUUGUUUAUACAGUAUUGGUGAUAAUAAUGCUUAUUUAAGAGCGAAUCGGGAUCCAUGUGAGAAAAUGGUUCGCUAUCUUGAAAGGUACUUUGACCCUAAAGAUGAUAAGGACAGUGAAUUUCUGUUAUCUAUUUCUUCAGGAGCUGAGGGACAUCGUUUGAGUCAUGAUCAUGAAACACAAUAUAUUUAUGUAAAUCAAACUUUGAAACUUUGGCGUGAAAUUUUGAAUGACAUGUUUAAACUUUGGUCUUUAGCAGAUCAAGACAUGUUGUCUUCGUCAAAUCCUUAUAAUAUUGCUCAGACAGGACAGGGAUUACAUCGUAUUCAACCCUGUCCUGCUGUUUCGAGAGAAAUGCAUCGCACGUUAUUUAAAGCACAGAAAAAGGCAGGAACUUGGAUUGGCAGCAGUGUGAUUCAUUUAGGAGAUAAAAAUGUGCCUAAUGCGCUUAUGUUUAUUGAUAAGUACAAUCAAGUUGCUCGUAUCCUAAAUCCAAUUUGUAUUACAAUUGAUAGACUUGAUGAUAUAUGUAAAGAUGAAGGAAUUUAUAAAUUUAUAAAAAAAAAGUUUGGUAGUGUGGAUUAUUGCAGAAAGACCAUUUUAACUGAUUUUUUCCGAUUUGCAUUUGACGGCUCAGGAGCUGAUAAUUUUUAUGAUGCGGGUAGUUGUAUUGAUGGUAGACUUACUUCUGCUUGGAACUGGUGUUCCCAAAUCGAAAAGAAACCUUACUUUCCAGUAUUUUUACUAGCUGGUUUCUCUGGAUUCGAUGGUGGUGGAUGGUAG